AUGAAACCCGCAAAUGGUUUUCUGUUGUUCUUGCUGUUGCUGGAGUAUGUUUGUUGUAAUGUGGAAUCCAAGUGUAUGAAGGGAUGUCACGUAGCUUUAGCUUCCUACUAUGUAAGACCCAAGUUUCUAUCCUUAGAUAAUAUAAUGCGCUUGAUGCAAUCAAAAAUUCUGUCCACUUCUGAUGUUAUAAGGAGCUACAAUAAAGACAAAAUAUUGAAUGAUAAUGUGCCAUCCUUUUCCAGAGUCAAUAUUCCAUUCCCCUGUGACUGUAUUGGAGAUGAAUUUCUGGGACAUGUGUUUGAGUACUCAACUGCUGCAGGUGAUACCUAUGAUUUGAUUGCCAAGGUGAAAUAUGCCAAUCUGACAACAGUUGAGCUUUUGCAAAGGUUCAAUAGUUAUGAUCAAGAUGAUAUACCGGCUAAUUCAAAGCUUAAUGUCACUGUCAAUUGUUAUUGUGGGAACAGCCAGAUUUCAAAAGAUUAUGGGAUGUUUAUUACCUAUCCACUAAGGCCAGGGAAUACUUUGCAGGAUAUUUCCAAUGAGACCAAUCUUGAUGCACAUUUACUGCAGAGUUACAAUCCUGGUGUUAAUUUCAGCAGUGAGAGUGGGAUAGUUUUCAUACCAGGAAGAGAUCAAAAUGGAGACUAUGUUCCCUUGUAUCCUAGGUCAGGUCUAGCUACGGGUGCUGCUGUUGGAAUAACCAUAGCGGCAAUAUGCGGGCUUAUAUUAUUAGUAAUUUUCAUGUAUGUUAAAUACUUCCAGAAGAAGGAAGGAGAGAAAGCUAAAUUGCCGUCAGAAAGUUCUGUAGCGUUUUCAACUCAAGAUGCCUCUGGAAGUGGAGAAUAUGAAACUUCAGGAUCUACUGGGCCUGCAAAUGCUAGUGCUGCUGGCCUCACAGGCAUUAUGGUGGCUAAAUCAACGGAGUUCUCAUAUCAAGAACUGGCCAAGGCUACAAAUAACUUUAGCUUGGAUAAUAAAAUUGGUCAGGGAGGAUUUGGAGCUGUCUAUUAUGCAGAACUGAGAGGCGAGAAAACAGCAAUUAAGAAGAUGGAUGUACAAGCAUCAACAGAAUUUCUUUGUGAAUUGAAGGUCUUAACACACGUUCAUCACUUAAAUCUGGUGCGCUUGAUUGGAUAUUGUGUUGAGGGAUCUCUUUUCCUUGUAUAUGAAUAUAUUGACAACGGAAACUUAGGCCAAUAUUUGCAUGGAACUGGUAAAGACCCUUUGCCAUGGUCUAGCCGAGUGCAAAUUGCUCUAGAUUCAGCAAGAGGCCUUGAGUACAUUCACGAGCACACUGUGCCUGUGUAUAUCCAUCGUGAUGUAAAGUCAGCAAAUAUAUUAAUAGACAAACACUUCCGUGGAAAGGUUGCUGAUUUUGGCUUGACCAAACUUAUUGAAGUUGGAAGCUCCACACUUCACACUCGUCUUGUGGGAACAUUUGGAUACAUGCCACCAGAAUAUGCUCAAUAUGGUGAUGUUUCUCCAAAAAUAGAUGUAUAUGCUUUUGGAGUUGUUCUUUAUGAACUUAUUUCUGCAAAGAAUGCUGUUCUGAAAACAGGUGAAUCUGUUGCUGAAUCCAAGGGCCUUGUAGCUUUGUUUGAAGAAGCACUUAAUCAGAGCAAUCCUUUAGAAGGCAUUCACAAACUGGUUGAUCCAAGGCUUGGAGAAAACUAUCCAAUUGAUUCAGUUCUGAAGAUUGCUCAACUUGGGAGAGCUUGUACAAGAGAUAAUCCACUACUACGCCCAAGCAUGAGGUCUAUAGUUGUUGCUCUUAUGACACUUGCAUCACCUACUGAGGAUUGCGAUGAUGACACUAUUUCCUACGAAAAUCAAACCCUGAUAAAUCUAUUGUCUGUAAGAUGA